CUGGGAAGAAGUGGAAGGAAUCGCUUAAUGAAGCUGGGAACAUAUCGGGAUUGCAUUUGAAUAAUGACGCUAAUGGGGAUCAAUUGGUCUUCAUUAAGCAAAUUCUUGGACGUCCCUUGGAGACUAUUCCCAGAACAAGCUCCCCCUAUGCUAUCGGAGUAGAUUCCUUUGUAGACGAUGUGAUAUCGUUGCUGAAAAUUGGGUCAGAGGAUGAUGUCCGUGUUGUUGGAAUAUGGGGAAUAAAAGGAAUUGUUAAGACAACCGUGGCUAAAGUCGUUUGUGAUCGCCUUUAUAUGGAAUUUGAAGGUGUUGUUAGCUUACUUGAAAAUGUCGGAGUUGCAAACCAAGAUACUCUUUUACUUCUUCAGAAGAGACUUCUCCACGAUCUUCUUAAGGUACAAGGUCUAGAAAUGUAUGAUCUUAACAGCAACAUCAACGAGAUAAAAACUAGGCUAUGUCAGAAAAGAAUCCUUCUAGUUCUCGAUAACAUCACUGAGAAGCACCAAAUAGAGUUUUUCAGCCCUAGAGAUCGAGAAUGGUUCCAAUAUGGAAGUAGAAUCUUGAUAACUACAAGAGAAGAAUGGCUUCUGAAAGAUCUCAAAGAGGAUGAUAACUACAUGCUUCCUGGACUGGGUUCUAAGGAAUCACUCCAACUUAUGAGUGGCCACGCCUUUGGCAAAGACCAACCUAAAUAAGGGUAUGAAGAGUUGUCCAAAAGUCUUGUCCACUAUGCAGGCGGUCUGCCUAUGGUUCUUAAGAGAUUUGGUUCAUUUCUUUCUAGUAGGAAAAACCAGUGGUAUGAGAUAUUGAAGAAGCUGGUAAGGGAUCCUUAUCUUGGUUCAAUUGGAAUAACUUUAGAUCCAUUCUCCUCUCUUCGUCCCCCUUGUGGGACCAUUUGGAGGCCAUGGUACAGAUUCUU